AUGGAUAAAAUGAUGUGGCCACUUGAACCUUUCAACGACGCAGUCGAUGCACAAAACUUGCCAAAGGAGUGGGAAGAAUGGUUCAGGGCCUUUGGCCUUUUGUUGGAAUUAAGAAAUGUUGAAACGCAACAUGGGAAAUUGGUUUUACUCCUUACUCUGGGUGGUCGAGGUUUGCAACGCAUCUUUUAUAAUCUUGCAGCGGUCCCGGGUGAAAUCUACCCUGAACCGGUAAAGGUUCCGUAUCAUCCGGUGGAGAUUCCGGAGUACGACAAUGCAAUCAAACGUCUAAAUAAAUUCUUUGUUGGUAAACGAAACGAUCGGGUUGAACUUGAGUUGUUCCGAUCGAUAAAACAAUCCAUUGAUGAGUCAUUCAAUCAAUUUGUUUUGAAACUUCGUGUCCAAGCAGCGCGUUGUGAUUUCAAAGAUCGAGAAGAGAAAGAAAUCUUGCAACAAAUAACCAUGGGUGCUCGCGAUGAGAAGGUCCGGGACAAAGGGUUAGAAAACGUGAUGGACUUGAACGACUUAACCAACUACGCGAUUAACCGAGAGGUGCUUGUGAAGCAAAAGGAGAAAAGCAGAGCGUUCAGAGAAGAUGAGGCAAGAAGCGCUGUUGCAGCAAUCAAGCCGGAGUGGAACGGUGGAUCGAAGGGUAUUGGAAUGAUUCGUCGGCCAGCGAAGUUCGAGUUUCGUCGCAGUAUUCCAGAAAGAGAUUCAUCGCGCAGCUCAAGUCGACGAUUUGUUGCAAAAUGUAAUCGAUGUGGGUCGUUCAACCAUGACGAUGAAGCGCGUGACUGCUCGGCAAGAAAUGCUCGAUGCAACCGGUGUACAAAGGUUGGCCACUAUGCAAGAAUGUGCAACCUAUCACGCCCGCCACCGCCGAAAACACGUUAUGUUUGGAAGCGUCCAGAUGAGCGAGUAAACGAAGAAGCAAACUCGCUACAAGAAAAUGAGUGGAAAGAGGAACUUCCCCGUCGUCCUGUUGUCGAGGAUAUUUCGAAGGUAACUGAACAGACAUCUGAUAGCGGAGUAAUAAGCUGUAAGAUUGGUGAAUUUGCAGUGGAAUUUCUUAUCGAUUCCGGAGCUGCUAUUAAUACAGUUACUGAGGGGGUCUGGAGCAUGCUCAAUACAAAUAAGGCAAGCAUUUACAAGCGAAAAUUUCAGUGCGAUCGGCAGUUCAAGGCUUAUGCCAGCGAUACGCCUCUCAACGUCUUGGUAAUAUUUGAAGCAUGGAUAUCUGUAAACCUGUCGAAACCGAAGUGUUACGCAGAGUUCUUUGUUAUUGAAGGGGCUAGUCGCUGUUUGUUAAGUAAGAGGACAGCUGAGGAAUUAAAAGUUCUUAAAGUGGGCCUUGAUGUGCAGCAUAUUGCGCUGACUAAAGAUCCGUUUCCAAAGUUCCCGAACAUUAUUCUGAAACUCUCGAUCGAUAAAAACGUCCUUCCUAGGAAGAUCGCAUACCUCAGAAUACCUGGACCGAUGUCUUGUCUUGUCUUGUCUUGUCUUAGCACAUGCACAGCCAGUAUUGAAAAGCAUCCUGGAAAUGUCGGUUGUAUUCCCGAGCAUUUUCUUGUCUGCAUUAAUAUUUGCAGCAUAUCAUAAAUAUGACACAAGUAUUAAAACGGCCAGGCCCACCGUGCAGGCUUGAAUUUGGGAGAAAAUCCAAAACAUCCCGGCAAUCAGAUUAUUUCGUAAUAAAUAACAUGAUCAACGAAGAGUUUUGAAUCUACGAAAGGAAGAAACGAGGACAGCCGUACCAACCGUUUCACAUUCAGGGGGAAAGAUGAUUGACGAAAUCGUUGGGAGUGACUUUGCUAAGAAGAUUAAUG